GAAGUGACGACACCGACGUACAACAGAUUGCUGAACAGCGAGAAGUCGCAUAUUGGCUACAUGGAAAAAGCCAGACGCAGAGACAGUGGUGAAAGAACAUAGCAAAAUACAAGGGCAACGUUUUCAAAAUCCAUCUUCAUCUUCGGAAAAGCAAGUCGGGAUGAUAUCGAAAAUAGCAAGAGCAUAAACUACACACGUUAACCUUCAAAACAAACCCAGUAUUAUGGUUUUAUGACGUUAGGAUUGUUUUAAAACGAGAGGUGAAAGAUAGCUUGUUGGAUUGUAGCUAGGGACAGUGUUACUAUAUCCGGAUAGAUAGAGAGACUACGGGAAGCAGAAAGAAGAGAGAGAAAAAUAAACCGUUUCUGGAAAUAAUUUUGUCUUUAAAAAAAAUUUUGGACUAAAACUUUCUUGGGCUUUUGCCUGAAACAUUUUUUGUCGAUUUUGAGCUAGCUUGCUAGCUAUAAAUUGUCAAUCAUGGAAUUGAGAGUGGGAAACCGAUACAGACUGGGCAGAAAAAUUGGAAGUGGUUCGUUUGGAGAUAUUUAUUUGGGUACUGAUAUCUCGGUAGGAGAGGAGGUGGCCAUAAAGCUAGAAUGUGUGAAGACCAAACACCCGCAGCUCCACAUCGAGAGCAAGAUCUACAAGAUGAUGCAGGGAGGAGUGGGUAUCCCAACGAUAAAGUGGUGUGGGGCGGAGGGCGACUACAACGUGAUGGUGAUGGAGCUGUUAGGACCUAGUCUGGAAGACCUGUUCAACUUCUGCUCCCGCAAGUUCUCCCUGAAGACUGUCCUGCUGCUGGCUGACCAGAUGAUCAGCCGUAUAGAGUACAUCCACUCUAAGAACUUCAUCCACAGAGACGUGAAGCCAGACAACUUCCUGAUGGGCCUGGGCAAGAAGGGUAACCUGGUGUACAUCAUCGACUUUGGCCUGGCCAAGAAGUACCGCGACGCCCGCACACACCAGCACAUCCCCUACCGCGAGAACAAGAACCUGACCGGCACCGCCCGCUACGCAUCCAUCAACACACACCUGGGAAUCGAGCAGUCUCGUCGUGAUGACCUGGAGUCUCUUGGCUAUGUCCUGAUGUACUUCAACCUGGGCAGUCUGCCCUGGCAGGGCCUGAAGGCUGCCACUAAGAGACAGAAGUACGAACGCAUCAGUGAGAAGAAGAUGUCUACCCCCAUCGAGGUCCUCUGUAAGGGAUACCCAUCGGAGUUUGCCACGUACCUGAACUUCUGCCGAUCUCUGCGGUUCGAUGACAAGCCAGACUACUCGUACCUCAGACAGCUGUUCAGGAACCUGUUCCACAGACAGGGCUUCUCCUACGACUACGUCUUCGACUGGAACAUGCUCAAGUUUGGCGCCAACAGGGCAGCAGAGGAUGCAGAGAGGGAGAGGAGAGCCGGUGAGGACAGACUGAGACAGGGACAGGCCAGGGCCCCUGCAGGGGCCAGAGGGAUCCCCUCAGCCUCCGGACGACCCAGAGGAGCACAGGACGCAGCCGCACCCGCACCCCUUACGCCCACCUCACACACAGGUAUGGAGCGGGAGAGGAAGGUCAGCAUGCGUCUUCAUCGUGGAGCUCCUGUCAACAUCUCCUCCUCAGACCUGACUGGACGACAGGACUCACGCAUGUCCACCUCACAGAAUAGCAUUUCCUUCGAUCAUCAUCUGAGAAAGUAGCAGCUCGUCACGUCCUGGUGUGAACGGCUGGCUGGCUGCACCCGGCUCUCUCUCGUGUCACCCCCAGUGGCCUCCAGUCAGCAGCCCCUCGAUGAGUCCCUCUGUCCCCCAUCACCACCACCAUCACCCUGGAGGGUUAAACCAUGCACGGCCCUAACCAUACCACACACCAACACACACUUCAAUACCUGUAGGACGCUUACUGAAACAACCAGUCAACCCAUCAGAUGCCUGGACUCUUACACAAUCAACCAAUCAAAAGGCAGGACAAGGACCUCUUCAUCCGCUCUCAACUCCAUCCAUCCAACCAGCCAAUCAAAACACACAGACUGAUGCUCUGCCUCUUUGACAUCAACUGAUCUCUGCUAAGUAACACGCUUAUGCUGUUGUAACAGGGUGGACGACUCACACUCACACACACAGACACAGACACUCACACUCACACUCACACACACGACUCAGAGAGCGUUCAGCCGUGCUCUUGAUAUCACUUUGUCAGAGGACGUCUGGCUUUGGAGGAGAUGAGACGGGGAUGGAGGAGGAGAAACGAGAGGGGAAGGAGGGAUGUUGUUGCCCCUGGCACACCCAGAACAGUCACUGCCCCCCCCCCCCCCCUGCUAUGUAAACCCUAGCGAGGACACUGACAUGG